ACUGCAGAUUUUCCAGAUGGUCAGCUAAGUUGAAACGAUGUUGGUCAAGUCAACUUUGUGUUUGCCUUUGGAUUUGUAGGCUAGACACAAACUACGGGGAGGGGUUUCCCAGUUUUAAACUCCUUGUGUUUUUUCCAUAUUCUGUAGUUUCUCUGGUGACAGCAGAAUCCAGGACUUGGCUGAAUUCUACAUAUCCAAUCCAGCUCUGAUCCUUACCAGAGAAGGCAACUUGAGCCAUGAAAUCCCUACAGACCAUCUGUCUUCUUUUCAUUUUUAUAGCUGGAGGAAACUCUCUCAGCUGUGAAACUUGUUUGCACUAUGGCAAGAAGUGUAACGGUUAUCCGACAGAAUGCGUAUCUCCAGAAGAGCAGUGUGGCAAGAUCCUGCUAGAAAUCUCAGAAGCACCAAUUUCACUGACUUUCGUGAGUAAGAACUGUUUCUCACCCAGCAUCUGUGAACUUGGCCAGAUUGACAUAAAUGUUGGGAAUACAUGGUAUAUCAGAGCACGAAUAAAUUGCUGUGAAAAAGAUCAGUGUGAAGAAAACAGAAUUCCUGAAAAACACACACUCUCUGGAUCAACCCUCCUCCCCCCAAAUGGGUUCCGUUGUUCUGGAGGUUUUGGUCUUUUUACUGAUAAUGGCAUUAAACAUGAAGUUGACUGCAGAGGACCUGAAGAUAAGUGCCUUAAUCUCGUGGGACAACGAGACAGUCAUUAUGAAAACAUCAUUUAUAAUAUCGGAGGCUGUGUUUCUUCCUGUCCCUUGGUGACUUUGAAUGAUACAGCCCAUAAAGGACAUACAAAUUAUCUGAUGAAGCUUGAAUGUAGGGAUGCAACCAAACUGGAAUCCCCUAAUUAAUACUGUAAUCGUUUUGGAACCUGAAUGCCAGCAAUUCCAUGAGAUAGAGCCUGCCUCAUCGAAACGACUCUGAAUGGAAACUUACAUUUUUAAGUUGUGAUGCUUCCUGCUGAUUAAGUCCUAAAAAUAAAUAAAUAAAUGAGCAAGUCAAAGUGUA